GUUAGUUAGAGAAUAUACUUAGAUUAAGUGGAAAAAAAAUUACAUCAAUUAUACGAAGAAGAGGAAUACAGAAGUAAGAAAGAAACACGUGUGUGUGUGUGUGUGUGUGUGUGUUUUGUGGGAAGCCGUUGCAAAGACGAUCUGGCAAAUCAUAAGUGCGCGCCGCUACCCAAACAUACAGUUGGGUGACUGAAUCUUCACAAAACAAAGAAUAGAAGAGAUAAGAUAAAGGAGCAAAUCGUAGCGCGCGAAUAACCAACGGGAAAAAGGAAAAAAAGAAGUGCCGUCGUGCAGACAAUGCCACCUUUCACUCAGCUGAUCUGCGCUGCCAGAAUAAGGCAGUGAGAUGAAAACCUGACUCCACGUAUAGUUACGGUUCGCAAACAACACAAAAAGCUGAAGAUGACUCCUCAGCGCGACAGAGGAACAGACAGUGCUAGAACGUCCAUUCCUGCGUUGUUAUUCGACCAGUGCGUGAAUUACAUCGCGAGGCACAUAAGCUGGGUAGACACACUGCAGGGCAUCCCGGACAUUAUUGGAGAGCGUUUAUGGAAGGGAUGUGUUGAGAAUGAAAGCUUCCUUGACAAUGAUGCUGACACUUGUCGCGGCCUCAAGCUGUUUGUUGACGCCUAUGGUAGGAAAUUUAUGGAGUCCUUCAAAUGCAAAGACCCAUAUCUUUUGAACGAGUACUCUGAAUGUCUGACUGUCAUGUGUGUGACAGUGACUCAUCUAGACGUCAGUGGGUGUCAGCUCGGUAAUAAUAAUUGCUUUUUGCGAGCAAUUGUCAACAUGAAGGAUCUGAAAGUGCUCAACCUAUCGAGGAAUGAGUUGUCAGAUAGUGGGUUUCGAAUAUUGCUUGCACGGCACAGGAUGUUCCAGGAAGGCUUUCAAGCACUGCAGUCUUGUGAUGUGUCUCAGAACAUUGUGAGCUUAAAGACACUCAACACUUUCUUGCAAAUGCCGGAAUUAAGAAGUAUAUGUGUUUCUGUUGCUUCAUCACUUAAGACAAAGGUGCCAAAAUUUCUGCAGCAGUGGACAGCAAAUAUUAAAAAGUGCAGAUUCAGAAUCCUGCCUUUGGAUCAAAUGAUUCCAAGCAGUGUUAUUACUAAAGGACUGGGAGCUCAAGUUAUUAGUGUCUGGGAGAGAAAUGUUGUUGAAUGGGGAGCUGCAAGACUGAGAAAGGCUGAACAAAAGAGCAAAAGCUUUUAUGCACCCAUCCUGAAACAGUGUAAUAAUCAUGUCUUCAAACCAGAAACUGACAGUGAGGAGUUUGACACUUAUGCAUACACCCAUGAUAGUUUGUAUAAUUCUGCCGGCAGUUUGGGUAAGCCUCUAGCUGAACAACUGAAUAAAGGAGAGAGUAAUACCAAGAGAAAAUGGGAUGCAUUUCAGGGAAGUCAUAGUGUGGUGUUAACAGCAUCAAAAAAGAAGAAAGAGCUUGAUUCUGACAUGGAUUUGUUGAAUUUAUACCGAUCAUAGCCUAGCAUUCACCACAGCCAGCAAGCUAAUAAUGUCUUGGGAUGAGUUGUGUCUAAAGGUAGUUUUCGUUUCCUGGUCUCAUUGCAUACAACAUUUAAAAAACUGCAGUUGAUCAGAUGACAUGCUGCGUUUCUCUAGGUCCGUGUGAACUGCGUCAAUUGGGGCUGUACAUUGUUUAAUCUCUGGUAGUUGGAAUGUACAAGCAGAUGAGAGCCUGCGCCUCAGAGAGGCAUGUGAACAGAUUUUACUGGUCUCUGGAAACAACUCUGGGAAGCCUCCACAAGAUCAAGGAGUUCUGGAUAUGCUGCAAAUGUAUGCAAUGGAAUAAUGGUUUUCAAGAGUUUUCAAAACUAUACUAGAAAUGUUUCUUAGUUGCCAACUACAGUGGUCCCUCAGUAUAUGUCCUUAAUAUGUUCCAAAUCCUUGGACUUAUAGUCAGCAAACGCUGAUCUUGUAUUGGGGCUACAAGGGCUACUCUUACUUAAGGCCUCUCAGCAAGCAUAAAAAAUGGGCUGGGAUAAAUUGACUUAUUGACACAAGUGCAUCUCUCCUCUUCACUCAUGCCCAUAGCAACAAUGACCAGUAUUAAUUACCAGUGUCAGUAUUCAUUGUGUGUUUGGUGAUGCGUAAUCGACUUUUUUCUCAGUUUGAAACACAUUUUGUUCUGUUAUUUUGUGGUGUUUGUAGUGAUGAGUGUGAGACAAGCAAAUCACAGUGAUAUCAUUCAAUCAUAGAUCUUCACAUGUCAGGCUUGAAUGGUGUCGAUGUAGCAAAACAUGUGAAUUAGAAUAUGCGAAACUUCCACAACCUCACACGAAAAUUCAUCAAGUGAGGCAGUGAGGAAUUGUCUUUACACAGGCACAGCAGUGGCAUCCCUGUUGCUUCCCUUCAGCUGCCAUGCUGUAAGAGUUGGAAUAGAGUCCAGCUUCCUUUGUAGAGUAGCUAGAAGCUGUGGGGUAAUGAUAUAAGGAUGCCACCACCCUGUUUGUGAAAAGACAAUUCUUUAUUGCCUCCCCUGACCAAUUUUCAUAGGUUCUGCAAGUUUCACGUUUUAAAUCCACCUAUUUUGCUACGUUGAUGUCAUUUAAGCCAGACAUUUGAAGAUCUAUAAUUGAAUGAUAUCACCGUGAUUUGUCUGCUCUGCAUUCGUCAUUACAGGCACCACAGCAGGAAUAGAACAUAAUGUGUUUCACUUUGAGAACAGAGCCGAUCAUGCGUCACUAAAGUGACCUACAUAAUACUGGUCAUUGCUGCUAUGGGCGUGAGUGAGGAGGAGAGAUACAAAUGUUCCAGCCCAUUUUUUUAUGCUUGCUAGGAGGCCUUAAGUAAAAUGUGCUCUCCAAGUAGCCUGUGUCACCAUGACACAAGAUUGGCAUUUGCUGACUGUAUAUCAAACAGGACAUAUACCAAACAAAUUUUUCCCAUAAGAAAUAAAGGGAAAAUGAUUAAUACAUUCCCAUGAAAAAAAAUUCAUUUGUUAUUGGCAUAUUAUACAGUACAUUGAUGGGAUUGUGUAAAAUAAUUUAAACACUGCUUAAUACUAAAAUACAUACCACAUUUAAUGGCAUAUAAGAUGCACAGGCAUAUAAGACACACCCAUUUCAGCAGGGCAUAUUCAGGAAAAAAGUUUUUUUAUGUAUUUAAGCAUGUAAUGUUCAAAACAUGCUAGCCGUACAGCUGAACAAAAAGCAAGCAAUCAUAAAAGUAAAAAUAUCCUGCAUGAUUGCAGUAAUUAAACAGACAUAGUGGCCUAGUCACGGAGGCAAGAUGAAGAACGCAGCCCAGUUGCCGAGAUGUCAGCAACACACUUGGCGCAUCACCGAACAGGACCGCGUUUUCAUUUUCAACAUUUCCUUACAUCAUAUUAUGUUUGAAAAAUAUGAUAUAGCACUUGCCUAUAAUACGGUCGUGUAAAUCUUCGGGUGUACAGGUGAAGGAAAUUUCAAAAUUAAAUCUAUGGGAGGCCUCACAUUUGCAUAUAAGACGCAGGGUAAUUUUUUGAGGCAUUUUUAUGAAAAAGGUGUGUUUUAUAUGCUGUCAAAUAUAGUAAAUACAAAAGCAAUUAGAUGAAAUCAAUGAAAAUUUAACCUCAUUUUACCUUGCUGAAAAGAGUUGAGUGCCUACUAGGAUGGUGCUGAGAAAGGAGGAGAUGUUAUUGUUUGGAAGGGGAGUCCUGCCAACCUAGCAACACUGCUCAUGGGCAGUCAUGACUUUGUCUUGAGAGAAGUAAACAAGGGAAGCGUGCAGUGUCGUGACUCAUUUUGACCCAUACAAGUUCUAGCACUUGAGUUGCAUUCCAAACAAAGGUCAUAUACCAAGCAUAUUUUUUCAUGUCCAAACAGGAUGUAUACAAAGUUGGACUUAUUCCAAAGUGGACAUAUAUUGAGGUACCACUGUACUAUAGUUAGUUUGGAAUCAGGUUAUUAAGCCUGUGCUAUGGAGUCUUCUGCUUGUGGUUACUAGAUUAAUUUACAAGAGUAUCAAAAUCAAUCUGGAAAAAGUGGUGGUAAUAUUCUAGAGUCCUUUCCAACCAAUAUUAUUGGUUAUUUUAAUUCUAUUCUUUUGCAGAUAUGUUUGAAUAGAUGUAAUGCGUAACAGUUGGGGGAAAAUGCCACCAGUAAAUUUAUGUAAGUGCACUCAUCAAAAAUCAAGUUUUUUCUUAUAUACUCCUCACACACACAUGUAAAGAAGCAGAAAUUCAUUAAAAAAACAUUAACUAAACCUAACCUAACCUAACUAAAUCUAACUUAACCAAA